GUCUACCCGGUCCUGUUACAAAACCAAUUCUGGAGAUGACUUAUGAUCGGUCUUGCAAUGUAUCUUGGUCAACAGUAAUGAACCCGGAAUAUAUAUCCAGUUUCAGGCUCCUUAUCAACUCAACAAAAGCCAUAGUGUCUUCAUACUAUAAAGAUGAUUUCAAAAUAAAUGAAAUAUUUCUGCCAUCUGAGAAAAGCUCAUAUGUUCUUCCAAAAGUUUCCAACAGAAAAUACAAUGUCUCUAUUCAAGCUAAAACUUGUGCAGGGUUUGGACCAGAAACAAAGGCGGUUGGGGAAUGUGUCACCGAUACUAAUGCACCAUCCAACAUUCAGGCACCAACAACAAUGGAUAAAACAAUUAAUUCUGGAAUAUUGAAAUUUUCAAUUAACAUUCCAGAUGAAACAAAUGGUCCUAUAAGGUGA